AUGGUUAAAGUCGAGUUGGUUGAAGAAGACGUUAACGUGCCCGUGCAGGAGCCCCAGGUGUUUGACGACAACGCCUCGAAUGUGAGUGAUGACGUCUAUGACGACGAGGACGAGUUCGAUAUCAACGAGACCCUGGCCGAGCGAGUGGCUGCCCUCAAGGACGUUAUUCCGCCCCAGCUCCGGGCCAAGCUCUUGUCCACUUUUACCAGCCUUUCUGAUCUCGUGCAGAGCUCUGUCAACUUUGGCGGCAAGUCUCUCUGGGUUAUCACUUCUUCCACCCUUCUACUAGGUGUGCCUCUUUCUCUGUGUAUCUUGUCUGAGCAGCAGCUCAUGGAAAUGGAGAAGGGCAUGCAGCUUGGCGACCCCAACUCGGUUCUCGCUCCAGAGGCGGAGGCUGGCGUUGUCUAA